GAUUACCACCACUAGCGGUGCCAUCAGUGUCAUCUCUAUUAGGCCUAAAACUAAAAAGAUUUCAAUUCUUCUAGUAAAAUCUUGGUUUUAGCCCAAUAAAACCUAAUAAAAAUGUUCGAAAAGAAAAGUGACAAGGUUAAGCAGGGUGAACAUAAGCCGCGUGAUGAUGGCGUGGAACUAGAAAGCCAGUUUAUCUUGCGUAUACCAAAGGAACUGGCAGAUAGUGUACAUGAGGCAAUUAACGCUGGAACCGUGAAAGAUCGUCUGACCAUUCAACUGGAUCAGGAUCUAAGAUACGGCGAAGUGCGACUAGAUGAUCAACUGUUGUACACGAAACUUGUGGAUCUGCCCACUGUCGUGGAAAGCUACAAGACCAUUGAUAACAAGAGCUUUUACAAGUCGGCAGAUAUCUGUCAAAUACUCAUUUGCAAGGAAGAGCCGGAGGACGAAACUGAAAAAGAGUCACCAAACAAGAACAAGAAGAAGGACCCGAACAAGGUGGACAAAAAGUACUUGUUUCCCCACGGCAUUACCCCACCCUGCAAGAAUGUCCGAAAACGUCGAUUCCGCAAAACUUUAAAGAAAAAAAAUGUCGAAGCUCCCGAAAUUGAGAAAGAAGUAAAGCACCUCCUCCGCAUCGAUAACGAAGCAGUCAGAGUAGACUACGAAAUCAUUAACGAGGAGGAUAAGCCUAUGGAUGACUUGGAUCAAACGGAUGUCAAGCCAUAUAACGACGCGGAUGACAUGCUGCAGGAUGAAACCACAAUGCAUGCAAGCGAUAAAACGAUGAUGGAAAUGAGCUCACAGCGGGACAUUAAUGUUGAGUCCGAUGACGAUGAAGCCAGCAACUUUCCCUCCCACCGGGCGCCUAACAUGGGAGUGGCUGCCCACGACAUCUUUGGCGAAGAGGUGUCCACCACGGAUGACGAAGAUGAGCCGGACCGUGGUAAUAAUACCAUGCAACGACGGGAGAUGGAAGAAUCGUCUCGCCUAUCUGCGGAUGAUUCUCGCAUGUCUGACUUCUUUGGUGCAAGUGGCAGUAAUACCGGAGCUGGCGGCCUAAAAAUGGAACAAAACGAAUUCAGCAAAUCCAUGUUUGGCCGUGACGCCAGCAGUCCCAAGUUAAGUGCAGCCGGUUCUAGUUCCAAUCUUGCCGCGCCCAGUGGAUUCUACGACAACCAGAUGCUGACAAAGCGAGAGGAGUUUGAGAACAUGGAGUUCAUAGACGAGCCACAGCCACAAUACUCGCAACAACAAGUGCACCAGAAGAUCAGUCAAUUGACGCGACAGAUCAGUGAUCUGAAAGCUCAGCAAAUGCAGAAAUCCACAGAAAUCGCCUCCAUCCAGAAUGCCACGCUCAAGCAACGUAUGCAGGAAACCCUUGAUAAUCUAUACACACAGGUUAUUGAAAGAGAAUUGGAGCUGAAGGACUUUGAGAAUAUGCUGGAGUCUUAAGAGGAAAUGUUUAAUUUAGUUCGACUCUUUGUACACUAGCAUAAGCUUAUAUAUAGUUAUUAAAAUGUUUUUUUAGAGAUUAAUAAAAAUAUAUAUUAAUUAAUCACACAAA